GCCGAUGACCACGAAAUUACUCGGACGGACUCGAAGAAACAGCGAGAAGAAAAAUGCGAGGCUCGCUGCGUGGCUCUCUCCUCGUCUCGUCCCUGUCCGUGGGGUAAGACGUAGCGACGAACGAAGAGUAGAGAGGGGCGUCUUCAGGGUUUGGCGGUAGUGACAAUGCCAGUUCCUCGCGGGCUAGUUGGAGUCGAGAGCGACGACGGGAUCGAGAAGUGAGAGACAAGCUAGCUGCCAACGCUGGCCGCUGAUCGUGUAGUGCCUAGUGAUACGAGAUGACGGUUGCGCGAAUGAGACCCGCGCUAGUCGCGGGCCUCUUCCUGAGCCUUCUAGCUGUCGCCUUACAAGGUGUCCUGAGCGAGGAGGAGCUAGACAAGGUACCGUCCGAAGACUUGUGUCGACCGUAUAUUGAGAAGGCGCUCAAAGGCCUCGGUACAGGAUCUCUGGAGCAGACCAGUGCAGAGGUUGGAGUUGGGGUCGAGGUCGACCAAGAGAGUCGCGAGGAAACACGGGUUGCGAGCGAAGAGGUACUAGCUGAUGAAGCAGCAAACGACGUUUCAGAAGAGGUGGAUGAAAUCAAAGACGAAGAAGAUACGGUAGAACAAAGCAUUGAAGCGGCAGAAGCUGACGAAAGUAAAGAAGCGACUGAAGAACAAGUCGAUACUAGCGAAGAAAAGGUAGAAGGUAAAUCCGAAAAAGAUGAAGGCGGACAAAGCGACGAAGCCGAGACUACCGAGAGUGCUGAGAUCAGCACCGCCCGGGAAGAGGAAAUAGAGGAAGCAGCUGACACGCCCGCCGGGAUAGCUGAAGAAGAACAGACCGACUCUCCCGAGAAAAUAACCGAAAGCGAAGAGGGCUCCGAUCAAGCGACAGCCGAGGAGGAAGAUGAAAAGCCCGACGAAGAAAAAUCAGACGAAGAAGCAAAAGUAGAAGAUGAAAAGUCUGAGGAGGAGGAAGAGAAAGCAGACGACGAAACAAAGUCCGAGGAAGAAAAGGACGAAACUGAAGAAGAAUCGAGAAUCGAGGAAGAGGAAGGCCAGCAAGAGGAAUCCGAAGAAGCUACCGAAGAAGUAGCGCUCGAGUCUAAAGAAGAGGCGGAAUCUGAGCAAGCAUCUACGGAAGUUAGCGUCGAAGCGGAAGGAGCCGAAGAAGAUGCCGUAUCAAUCGAAGAUCGGACACUGAGUGGUGAAAGUAAACAGGAUAGCGUCGAGGAAGAAGCGCAAACUGAGAGUGCCGAAGCUGAAAGUGAAAUAGAAGAAAGAGCGAGUGAAGAAACUACUGAAGUAACCGGUUCUGAGGAUAUAGAAGAGAGUGCAAAAUCAGCAGAAGCGGAGGACGAAGAAGAAGAGGACAAAGGAGAAGAAGAAGAAGAAGAAGCAAGAACGAUGUCCGCCGAGGAGGAAGAGGAAAAAUCUGCGGAGGACGAGAAGAAAUCCACAGAGGACGAAGAAAAGGAAGCGAAAUCUGAGGAAGAAGAAGCAAAAUGCGACAAGGAUGACGCGGAAUGUGAACGUUCUGCCGAGCAGGGAAGUCAGGGGAAGAGUAAAGCCGAGAAAUCCGAGGAAGAAGAAGACAAGGAGGAUGAAGAGGAGACGGAGGGAAAAUCGGAAGAGGAAGGAGCAAAGUCUGAAGAAGAAGAAGAAGAUCGACAUGUCAAAUCACGCGGAAGGCGACAAGUCGACGAGGAAGAUACUAAAGUAACUGGCGAGUCUAUGGAGGAAGCAGCCAUUAGCGAGGAAGAGGAAGAGAAAGAGGAAGAGCGAGAACAAGAGCCCACUCCGGAGGAGGAUUUGAUUCAGGAUAUCGAAAUACCAGAGAACCUCCGGCCUAGAGAUCACAUAAACCAGCUGUUAAAAUUAGACGAAGAAAACGAGCAGAAGGAGCGAGCUACGCAAAGAAUGGCAGAUAUCAUUCUCAGGGAUCUGAAGAGACUGUACGACAACGCUAUACAGCCGUUAGAAACCAUGUAUAAAUACAGGGACUUGAGCAACAGACACUUUGGAGAUCCCGAGAUAUUCUCCAAGCCACUAGUGCUCUUUAUGGGUCCGUGGAGCGGUGGAAAGUCGUCCAUCAUCAAUUACCUGCUUGACAUCGAGUACAAACCCAUGUCGCUGAGGACAGGGGCCGAGCCAUCCCCGGCGUAUUUUAACAUAAUAAUGCACGGCGAGGAAGAGGAGAUCCUCGAUGGCACCCAGCUGGCCGCCGAUUGGACCUUCUCGGGGCUGCAGAAGUUUGGCCAGGGUAUGCUGGAUCGUCUCAGAGGCCUACGACUCAACAACAAGUUGCUGGAAAAGGUGAAUAUCGUCGAGAUACCAGGAAUCUUGGAGAUUCGUAAGCAAGUUCAACGUUUGUUCCCCUUCAACGACGCCUGCCAGUGGUUCAUCGAUCGAGCGGACAUAAUAUUUCUGGUUUACGAUCCCGCCAAACUAGACGUCGGACCCGAGACCGAGGCGAUUCUGGACCAGCUGAAGGGAAGGGAAUAUCAGACCCGCAUCAUUCUUAACAAGGCGGACCAGGUAAAACCGGAAGAAUUGAUGAGAGUGCAGGGCGCAUUAAUAUGGAAUAUAUCGCCGCUGAUGUCAAGUGCAGAGCCGCCGAUAAUGUACUCCACGUCGUUGUGGUCGUUACCCUAUGAGGCUGGCGCCCCCACCAGACUGCUGUACGCUCAGGAACGCGCAUUCCUGCGCGAUCUGCGUACCGCGAUAAACAAGAGAGUCGAGCACAAGAUAGCGAGCGCCAGAAGAUUUGCCGUACGAGUGCGCAACCACGCGAAAAUGGUGGACUGCUAUCUAACAACGUACUACAAUCACAAGACGUUCUUCGGCGACAAACGGCAAAUCAGCGACAAGAUUAUCGAAAAUCCGCAAGACUAUCACAUCUACGAGGGUCUCAGCACUCUGACCAACAUAUCGCGAUACGAUCUUCCCGACCCGGACGUUUAUCGUGAUUUCUUCCGAUUAAAUGCGCUCUACGACUUCCCGCUGCUGAGCUCCACGUGCACGUACUUCCGCGGCUGCCCGAUCAAUAGGCUCGACGUGGCCAUCGCCUACGAUCUACCCGAACUUGUGGGCAAGUAUAAGAAGUCGGUGGAGGCGGUGCUGCACGAGAACGAGAGUAACAACAGCCCUACGAGUUGAGUACGAGUCUGCAGUCCGAAACAGAGUAGCUCUUGAUACCAUGUGAAGUACGGACUGGUGAGGCUUAGCGCCGAAAUGCCUUGGUAGCGCGAAAGUAAAAGUCAAGGACAAAAGUCGUCGCGACUCGCGCGUUGUACGACGAGGACUCCGAGGACAGCGAAAGUGGUCCGAUAUUUGAGAUGGUACCGAGGACUCUCUUUCUAAAAUUCGGAGAGUUGGGUCGCGCUAUCCUCGCAUCGUGUUCGAUGUUGCUCCAAAGACAAGCGGUCGGUGAUUUACGUGAGAAGCUCUGAGACGAUUAUGAAGGAAAGAGAGAAGAGCAGGAAGCAGUUUGUCGAAGCAUGCGAGCUGAGGUAUCGGUUAUCUAUCGAGAGGAUAGCAAACUCAACGCCAAGUAUCCGUAGAUCCGAAUAGUUUAGCCUCGUCCCUCAGGGCAGAACACGACGAGUGGAGUGUGUAUCAUGCCAAGUCGGUCGGCGCAACUCCUCCUCCUCCUCCUCCUCCGCGAUUGCAGAGAAGAGCAAGUGUGUUGCUUAUCUGGUAAACAAUGCGAGUGCUACCAUUCCGAUCCAAAAGCGGGCAGUGAGAGUUCUCCUCGAAUAUGUGUUCAGAUAUCGGUUCCUCUUGACGAAAACGCACGUUUAGGUGCGCAACAGAGAUGUCAACUCGCUUCUACAAGAACUCGACUCGAAAAUAUCGAAAUUUUAUCUUCUUGACUCGAAGAAUCAUUGCUAUCAAGUUUCUUUCUAACAUUGAUCAGAGAUUGAUCUGCCUAAUUUUUAUCUCGUUAAAUUCCAAAAUUUGAGAAGAUUGCAUCUUUUUAUUUUCGACUUUUUUUUUCAAAAUCGAGUUCUCAAGGAAAUGCACAAUAUCAUUGUUGCAUCGAGUCCUUCAAUUCGUUUGUCUCGUGACGACGAAUCGAUGCCUGCUGAAAGCCUUUUUUCUCAAAGAAAAACAGACUCUCCGGAAUCAACGUAAUGUUGAACAACUGCAACAGUUUCGUCCGCCAAGUUCCUUCAUGACAGGAACAUAUCUCUAAUCGUAUCGAAAUAUUUCCAUUGUGAAAGAGAUAAAGUGAUCUCUCUUUGUGGCUUUUGUGAAAUAUGCCUUAUAUAAACUGAUUGUGUUCUUAUUAAACUGUAAUUAAAACAAUUAUAACAAAAGUGUGCUGAUUUCUCACGCGUUUCCAAUGUGAUAACGUGUGUGAGAUAGAUCGUGGUGGAGCUUUUCUGAUCCGAGAUUUGGACUUGUUCGAAUUUACAGUAGGCGCAACAUGCGUUUCCUACAUAUUUUAGACACGGAAUCUUCUUACAUAAUUAUAUCGUAAGAUUCGCAGAUACUUUUAACCCUUCGUUUUUUAAAUUCUGAAAUCCUUGACGAUUUUUUCCUUUCAACUCCGAGAUCCUUAGAUAUUUUUUACUAUUUAAAUCCCUAAAUUACCACGAAUUCUCGCGAUGUUUUCUUCUCAAUUCCCUUUCUUUCAUAGUUUCUUUCCUUUAAUUUCCAAUUCCUAACGAUUCUAUUUCUAUUCUUUAAAGUUUGCUUAGACUUUAUAUUCUUAGACUCGAAGCCUGUACUCCCUAGUAGAUUACUAGUAGAAGAUUGCCUCAUGCUCCUUAUCCAUCGUUGUUGCCAAUAUUACUAAUCUCGAACUGACAGACGAAAACGUUCACAAUAAGUGAAUCACAUUAAUAUGUACGAUUCUAAUAAAAAAGCAAUGAUCCUACGCGAAGGCAAAUAUAGUAAUGAUGUGUUUCCAGUUCUCUGCGCAUUGCGUCUUACAACGAGCGCGCAGCACGUUUUAAUCGAUUUGCAUUCUAAAUCGCGGAUAAUCGAGAGAACUUUAUUUAUCCACAUAAGAUUAUAUAAGCGAUACGCGAUUUAUUAUACUCUUAAAUGCGAAUAUUGUUAAUAUUAUUAUUGUUGUUGUGCAUUGUUGUUGCUAUUGUCAUCAUUGUUAUCUCACAUUAUAUACAUUAUAUAUAAAGAUUACAUUAAGUAAAUUUAGUAUUGUUACAAGAAACAUGUGUUACCGAGGCAUCUGUAUCUCUCUAGUUGGAGUACGGUAUCAUUUAAUACAUCGGCGAACAAUGUACUUUUAGAUUAAGUAAAGAAAGCGGGCGGACGGGCAGGCGAGCGAGAGAGCGAAAGAGCGAGAGAGAGAGAGAGAGAGAGAGACUUUACGAAAUUAUAAUUCUAAAUACUGUUUAGGCAAGUGUAUGUUUGAAAUAAGAACGUGUGUAAUGAUA